ACUCGCUAGCGCGGGUCGAACGUUUUAUUAGGCGAAAAGCUUGCGGGUGAAUCUGACGCCAAACGGUUAACGGUAACUGGGGCUGCUUGGCGGCAAAGCUGCGCGGUUUCUAUCCACUCUUAUUUAUGCAACAACUAACGAAAAAAACAGAAGAAAAAAAUGACAAUGUGUGUGCGUGCGUAUUGAGAGUGAAGUGAGUGACAAGUUGGCGGAGAAAAAGUAAAGUGAAAAGUAAAAGUAGUUGCCACACAGUAAAACAAAAAUGCGCUCAAACUAUGCGAAUAUAUUAAUAAGCAAAAGUCAUUACCAAAUUAAAAAGAAGCACGCAAAACUUGCCUAAGUAGGCAAAAGUCAAAGCAUUUGGGUGGAACAAACUAGAGGAGCGCGCGGGAGAGCAAGUCAAGUGGCCAGCUAAGGGUUUUGGAUUGGAUUGUGGGCUGCUGGCAUGUUUUAAGGUUAACUCGUCUAUUGUCCUCGUCAUCGUCAUCGCCCAGCGUCAGCGUCAGCCGCCAAAGGCAUCGAAGCGAUGCUUAGUUCAUUAGCGACUUAGCCAAAAGCACGCACGAGUCAAAGGAAACGCCACAGAAAAAAAAAAAACGCACAGCCACAAAAGCUGCAACCUGAAGCCGAACUAAAGAGUUUCGAAGGACAAUUUGGUAGCGCACAGAGCUGAUGAGUUGUUUUUAACGAGCGCAUAAAAUAUGGAAACAGAGCACGCUGCGUAUUAAAAUUAAUUUGGGAUAAAAAAAGAGCAAGCGAGCGCUUAGCAACAGCAACAGCAGCGUAUACCGAACUUAACAGUAGCGUUAACAGUAAGAUUAACAUUUACAUUAACCAGCCAUGGCCUCACCACCGGAAAGCCCCAUCGAGGAGGUGGUCUACGAGUUGGAACACACACGCGUGCCUAAGCCCAUACCGGUGGCUUUGGAGGAUCUGUGCCGCCAAACGAAGUUCACCAAGCAGGAAAUUCGCGUCAUGUACAGAGGAUUUAAAACGGAAUGUCCCGAAGGCGUGGUGCACGAGGAUUGUUUUAAGGAUAUUUAUGCCAAAUUCUUUCCACAUGGCAAUUCCAGUUUAUAUGCUCAUUAUGUGUUCAAAGCCUUCGAUGUUAAUUGCAAUGGCGCCAUUAGUUUUCGGGACUUAUUAGUCACCUUGUCCACGCUGCUGCGCGGCUCUGUUUAUGAGCGAUUGCGUUGGACGUUCAAGUUAUAUGAUCUAAAUGGCGAUGGUCGCAUCAGUCGUGGCGAGCUGAGCGAAAUCGUUUUGGCCAUUCACGAGCUUAUGGGCAGAAGACCACAUCAGCCAGAGGACGAUCGCAAAGCGAGAGAUCAGGUUGACAGAGUGUUUCGCAAAUUGGAUUUAAACAAUGAUGGCAUUAUAACGAUAGAGGAGUUUCUGGAGGCGUGUCUCAAGGACGAUUUGGUAACGCGCUCGCUGCAAAUGUUCGACACUGACCUUUGAUGACAAGCGGACGAGCCGGCCUUACGCGAUACCAGAACUAUAAUACCGCUUAUAGAUCUAUAAAUUGCAAAAGCAAAUGCUGCAAUGAGCUAACACCAGUUAAACAAAAGAAAGGAAAACAUAUUAGUAUUUACAAUUAGUUUAGGCAGCUACAAAAAAAUAUUCAUAGCAAAUAACAACAUUAACAUUUAUGAGUGUGUAAUUGUAAGCAAGUGAAUGAAUAACAAUUAACAA